UGGCGUGCGCCGGCGCGCUGGGCCUGCCCCCGGAGCCCGCGCGGAGAUCCUAGGCGCCCGCCGCCCAGCUUGCUAUGGGAUGGACAAAGAAGAAGAGAACCACUAUGUUUCGCAGCUCAGGGAAGUGUACAGCAGCUGUGACAGCACGGGGACGGGCUUUCUGGACCGGGAGGAACUGACCCAGCUCUGCCUUAAGCUUCAUCUGGAAAAGCAGCUGCCCAUCCUUCUGCAAACACUUCUUGGAAAUGACCACUUUGCCAGGGUUAACUUUGAGGAAUUUAAGGAAGGUUUUGUGGCAUUGCUGUCAUCAAAUGCUGGUGCUGGCCCCUCAGACGAAGACAGUAGUUCUUUGGAAUCAACUGCUUCUCGUGCUGUCCCGCCAAAGUAUGUGAGCGGCUCUAAGUGGUAUGGUCGCUGGAGCCGGCCCGAGCCCAAGCCAUGUGGCUCUGCAACAGGAGUCAAAUGUUUACCAGAACAGCAGCCCUGGACCAGCAGGAGAGGCCCGCUCCAUCGCUCUGCAUCCCUGGAAAGUGUGGAGAGUCUCAAGUCAGACGAAGAAGCUGAAAGUGCUAAAGAACCUCAGAAUGAGUUGUUUGAAGCACGAGGCCAGCUGCCAGCUUGGGGUUCCGAGGUCUUCGGGUGCCUCCACAAGCCCUGCAGCCUCUCUUUGGACACGCCCGAGAGCCGGGUCCGGGGCAUCUGGGAAGAGCUGGGCGUUGGCAGUAGCGGCCACCUCAACGAGCAGGAGCUGGCCAUUGUUUGCCAGAGCAUCGGGCUCCAGGGCCUGGAGAAGGAGGAACUGGAGGAUCUGUUUAACAAACUGGAUCAAGAUGGAGACGGCCGAGUGAGUCUCGAGGAAUUCCAGCUUGGCCUGUUCAAUCAUGGGCCUACUUCACUUCCAGGAUCUUCCACCCUCAGCAAACCAAGCAUGUCCUGGUCUCAUUACCAGGUCCUGGAGGAGGGCGGCUGCCAAACGACCACAACAUCGUCCCUGGUGUCGGUGUGCUCAGGCCUGCGCCUCUUAGGCAGCAUUGAUGACGGCACUGGCUGUGCAUUUCCCGAGCAGCUCAUUGCUCUGUGGGCCCAGGAGGGGAUUCAGAACGGCAGGGAGAUCUUGCAGAGUCUUGACUUCAGUGUGGACGAGAAGGUGAACCUCUUGGAGCUGACCUGGGCCCUUGAGAAUGAGCUUAUGAUGGUUGGUGGUGCCACUCAGCAGGCGGCCCUGGCCUGCUACCGCCAGGAGCUGAGCUUCCGCCAGGGGCAAGUGGAGCAGAUGGCAAGAGAGCGAGACAAGGCGAGGCAGGACCUGGAGAGAGCUGAGAAGAGGAACCUGGAGUUUGUGCAAGAGAUGGAUGACUGUCACUCUGCCCUAGAGCAGCUCACAGAGAAGAAAAUCCAACACCUGGAGCAUGGGUACCGGGAAAGGUUGAGCCUCCUGAGGUCUGAGGUGGAGAGGGAACGGGAGCUGUUCUGGGAGCAGACCUGCCGGCAGAGAGCUGUGCUGGAGAAGGACCUGGAGCGCCUGCAGGCCGAGGAGGCCAGCCUCCGGGAAAAGCUGACCCUGGCCCAGAAGGAAAACAGUCGAUUACAGAAGGAGAUUGUUGAAGUUGUGGAAAAGCUUUCAGAAUCAGAGAAGCUAGUCUUGAAACUGCAGAAUGACCUGGACUUUGUGUUGAAGGACAAGCUGGAGCCACAGAGCAUAGAACUCCUGGCCCAGGAGGAGCGGUUUGCAGAGGUCCUAAAGGAGUAUGAGCUCAAGUGCCGGGACCUGCAGGACCGCAACGACGAGCUGCUGGCUGCACUGGAAGGCCUGCGGGCACAGCUGCCCUCAAGUUGGCAUGGCCGGCCCCAUGCACAGCCAGAGGAACAGCUGCUCCCUGGACACGGCCCAGCAGGCAUCUCAUUCACUGGUGAUUCCAUUCCAGUAAAUUUAGAAACGGAGAUCAUGAUGGAGCAAGUGAAGGAGCACUACCAAGCCCUCCAGAUCCAGCUGGAGACCAAGGUAAAUUCCUAUGAAAAGGAAAUGGAGGCGAUGAGAAGGGACUUCGCAAAGGAGAGGGAGGAGUUGCAACAGGCUUUCAGGCUUGAGGUCCGCGUGCUGGAGUGCCGGAGAGCCGACCUGGAGGUGCUGCUUGGGAAGUCUCAGGAGUUCAUCCGAGGCCUGCAGGACCAGCUUCAGCAGGUCACCCAUGGCCCACUACCAGAGCAGGCAGGGUUGGGGCAAUGUUGCGUGCACAAGCUGUCUGGCCUGGUUGGGCGGCUGGCCCCGGAGCAGGGCCCACCGGAGCAGGAGCCACGCCAGAGGCACCGGAAUGAGCUGCAGCGAGACAGGAAAGAGGCCAAAGCUGUGCUGAACUACGAGCUCUUGCAGACGGAAGCCCAGCAGGCUGCCCGCUAUAAGGACUUGGUGCUACAGCCUCAGCAGGAGAAGGAAGAGGUGCUGCAGACAUCCCUGCUGCAAGUCCACGAAGUGACAGAACAGCAUGAUCUGGAGAAGGAGCGGAGAGAGGGCAGGGGGAAGGAGACCCUCCUGUGCUAUGGAAGUCAGAAACUGAAGCUGCAGGAGCCGGUGGGCAAGGAACAGGCAGCCGGGCAGGACCAGCGUGAGGCCCUGCAGGAGGAAGAGGCCGACUCGGGCCUGCAGAGAGAGAAGGACCACAUGAAAACCAAACUUCUGCAGCUGGAAGAUGUCGUUUGGACUCUUGAGAAAGAAGCAGAGUCAAGAGAGAACAACAGAAUCGAGUUGGCUAGACUUUCUGAGGAAAACUCAUGGCUGAAAAAUGAGCUGCGAAAGAUUCAGCAAGAGCUUGAAGCUGCAGAAAGGACAAAGGAUGCACAGAGGAAGGAAAUCGAGGUUUUAAGGAGAGACAAGGAAAAGACCUGCUCUGAAGUAGAAGAACUCAACAAACAGAGUCAGAAAUGCAAGGAUGAAGUAUCCCAGCUCAGUCACAAGGUCCUUCAGUUAGAAGAGGAGGCCUCUAUCCACCAGGCCCAGGAUGAGAAGAACCGUGUCACCAUUCAGCUGUUGACACACAGACUGGAGGAGGCCGGGCAGCAGGAGGAGCUACAGAGUGAGCAAAUCCAAAAACUUGAGCUGGAACUUGAACACAUGAAUCAGGAAUGUCAGAGCCUGAGACUGUCACAGUCACAGCUGAGAGAGACCCUUGAAGAAAGUCAAGACCAGGAGGAACGUGAAAAGGAGCUUAAAGACACCAAAGAGCACCUAGAAGAGGUGGGAAUAGUUCUGAAGAAUGUGGAAAUGCUCCUACAAGAAAAAGUGGCCCAGCUGAAAGAGCAGUUUGAAAAGAACACAAAAUCGGAUUUGCUGCUCAAGGAGCUCUAUGUGGAAAAUGCGCACCUGACAAAGGCACUUCAGGUCACUGAAGAGAAGCUACGAGGUGCUGAGAAGAAAAACCGCAUCCUGGAAGAAAAAGUUAGAGCUCUCAACAGACUUGUCAGUAUGCUUGCUUCAGCUUCCCUCUCUGUGUGAUGGUUGCUUGCUUUCCGGGAGCUCAUUUCGAAAGAACAUCUUUUAAAAUUAAGCCACCAUGGUGCCAUAAUUUUCUAAUGUUCAUUGGCUGUGUACUGGACAUAGGACGUUUCUGAGUCUUUGUUCACCUCAUACACAUUGAAAUAUGUCUGUUGUGCCAGAUGCUCAGGAAAUAGUCGUGCCGGAAAAGUCUACAUUUUUAUUAGUGGUCCUGGGUAAUUUCUGUAGGUAAAGUUCCCAGUUUUGCUACCAGUGGGUGAAACCCGUUAUGGAAGGGUGAAAAGAAAAUGGUAAAAUCAGCGUUAAUGUUGUACUCCUGACCUUAGCUGCAGAGUGUAAAAUGGAAAAUCAGUGCUCUGGACAGUGUCACCCUUUCACCAUUACUGCUGUGGCUUUAGAUCAUUAGCAUUCUCUAUCUGGGUUGGUACAGACCUUCUAGAAGGACUACUCGCUGUGACUGUCAACCCUGCUCCACCACAGGAGGAUGUUUAGAGAGUGCUUACUGUAGGUCUGUGGACUCAGGGACGAUUAUAUAUAUUGCAAAUGCAAUCUUUUCCUCAAUGAAAUGUCAUCACACUGGAAAUUGUACUAUAUGUAAAGAAAAAAAACUAUAGUUUUAUAUCCAAAAUAUAUAUAUAAGUUAUGGUCAUUUGGUUUAUGAGAAUAAACUACUGUACUAUGAAGAGUCACUGUAUUAACAAAAACUUUUCUAUUAAAAUUGUUUUACCUUC